AUGUUCCUAUACAAAACCCAAUUGGCACUCAUUCGUCUCCUUACCAAAGACGGCAUCUUGCAGAAGCCUUCUGCAUGUCCUCAUUGUGGUUCCGCGAGCAUUGGCUCUCUCCACUAUUGCAAGCAAUGGCAAGGACACGUCUACCGCUGCUCCAAGAAGUCCUGCAUGAAGCGCAGCUGGCCGCACAGCUUCCAUCCCAUCUUCUACCACUCGAAGGGCAAGGGCAUCGAUUUGAACAUGCAGGCCGUGAUUCUCUUCUGCGCCACAAUCGGCAUUCCCCAGUCCGGCACACAUCUCCUUCUGAACGUCGACGACAAAGCCGUCGCACGCAUCUACGGCAACUUGGACACCGCACGGGCUCGACACGUUGUGAGGCAUGAGAAAAACAUCACCUAUGGCAACUGGCACGACAUCGAGGCCGAUGAGGCGGACCUCGGUAAGGGCCUCAUCACUGAUGGAGACACGCAACAGAGCGGAUUGACAACGGUCUGGGAGCAGUGGGGGGGCCUGGUGGAGCGGGGCCGACCGGAGUCCUUGAGGCUAUUCCGCCUAAACCCCAAAAACACCAAGGCACGUGCUCCAGGCCCAGGCCCUAUCCGCAAGAGGGAAUGGCGUCCCAUUGCUACAAAGCUUCUUGCAAGCAAGCAGGUGAUCCUCCACACCGACGGCGCUCGGGCGCACAAGAUGAAAUUUGACCAGGUGAUCCACUGCAAUGCCGUGCACCAAAAGAAAAAAAAGGUCAUCCAUGGUAAGGUGCUUAAGCCCCAGUACACGAAGGUGCAUCACGUCACAUUGCCAGAUGGCAAGCAAGAAGCUGAAGGUGAUAGGGUCGAAUGUUACCGUGGCUUGGUCUACAAAAUCACAUCCGAUGAGCGUUUAGAAGAACACGAAUACGUGUUGUACAGGAUCGCGAUGAAGUUUCUGCUCACUCGCUGGCACAACUUUGUUGCUGCCAAGGAGAUGGAGAAGUCCAGGCUACGGCGGCUCAGGGAGGUCUUCAAGGCUUGGUUUGACGUGCUGGUCAUGGUGAAGCACAACAAUGCCCUUGACCGUUUGGAUGAGACAAAGCUGGAGCUGGAAAAUGCAAGAGCCAAGUGCCUCAAGGCUGCGCGGCGCCGUGAGUGGCUGAAGGUGCAGGUGGACCGUGCCUGUGCUAUGGAGCUGGACUUCUGGGGCAGUUGGGUCCUAUGGGCUUGGUUCGACGUCGUGCGAGUCAGCCGAGACGAGAGGGACUCAACGCUCCAGGCGCGCCUUGCCAGGGCUGCAGCCACGCUGAAACUUUCGGAGUCGAUGGGCAAGGCCGGCGUCGACUUCCUGAAGCCGCUGGUGUCUGCCUGGGCAACGCUGGUGCUUCGGCAACGGAAGGCGAGGGCCGCGGCUGCACAACGAGUGUACGGCGUGGGCUCGGACACCCUGCGGAAGGUAUUCCAGGCGUGGCAGGAAAUCAAGAAUGCCGAGUUCGAGAACAUCAAGCGACAGCUCCGCAGGAAAGAGGAGGACUUCCAGGAGCUUCAAUCUCUUUCAUCUCGGCUGUAUACUUUCUCGAAGCAUGCCAGCAGCCGUGUGGAGCACCUCGAAUCCGCUCUCCGUGCAGCGGAGAGGGCCCUCUUUGCCGGCCAAGACCGUGGCGAGACCUUGGAGCGCGAGGUCCUGGGUUUGCAGAGCCAGCUGCAGCAAGAAGCAAUGAUCUCGGAGAGCCGCCUCCGGCAGCAGCUGGGCCCAGAGAGGGUGGGG